AGAGAGAGACUGCAAUCAAAAUCGCCCGCUAUAGGACUCUAUACAGCAAUACGUGAAUACGAUAUACCAUGAACUAAGGGUGGUGUAUUCAUUUUUUUUUUUAUUAUUUAGUAAACAAGAAGGACAGGUGCACAAGGGAAGGCAGAAAUUGAAAAGUCUGAAGAAGAAGAAGAAGAAGAAGAAGAAGAAGAAGAAGAAGAAGAAGAAGAAGAAGAAGAAGAAGCUGCAAGAUGCCCGAGCAAAGCAAUGACUACCGUGUGGUGGUGUUUGGGGCGGGGGGAGUGGGCAAGAGCUCCCUGGUGCUACGAUUUGUCAAGGGGACCUUCCGGGACACCUACAUCCCCACCAUCGAGGACACCUACCGGCAGGUGAUCAGUUGUGACAAGAGCGUCUGCACCCUGCAGAUCACCGACACCACCGGCAGCCACCAGUUCCCUGCCAUGCAGCGGCUCUCCAUCUCCAAGGGCCAUGCCUUCAUCCUGGUCUACUCCAUCACCAGCCGGCAGUCCCUGGAAGAGCUCAAGCCCAUCUACCAGCAGGUCCUGCAGAUCAAGGGCAGUGUGGAGAGCAUCCCCGUCAUGCUGGUGGGCAACAAGUGUGACGAGACCCAGCGAGAGGUGGAGACCAAGGAAGGAGAGGCCCAGGCCCAGGCCUGGAAGUGCGCUUUCAUGGAAACCUCGGCCAAGAUGAACUACAACGUCAAGGAGCUCUUCCAAGAGCUGCUCAACCUGGAGAAGAAGAGGAACAUGAGCCUCAACAUCGACGGCAAGCGCUCAAGCAAGCAGAAGAGGGCGGACAAGAUCAAGGGGAAGUGCAGCGUCAUGUAGGCAGAGCUGGGGGCUGGGGUGGAGUGGAAAUGGAAGUAAGGAGGGCUGGGGGGAGGGGGUGGGGAAGGACACAUCCCAUAACAUAGCCAUCAUCACCUCCUCCCCUGAUCCGCAUUAGGGGAGCUAUAUAUCAGUACUGAAUACUCUUCCCAUCAACCAGGCAUCUAAUCCCAACUCUGAAGCAGUCUCAUUCUCGUUAUUUCAGAGGAAUGCAUUGCAGUAAUCUCUCUACACAGGAAGGGGAGAGAAGCAUGAUGUACAGGAGGAAGGUAACGAGAAGGGGGACUGGAGAAGGUUAGGAGGAAUCAGGGAGUCUGGGAGGGAAGAAUCACCAUUGCAUAACUCAACCUCAUGUCCAGCAGCAACCGCUCAGCCAUUGACUUUGCAUCCAGCUCCAACUAAAGAUGCUUAUACAGAGGAGAUCCAGGAUGAGUUGAAGAGAUAAGAGGGGGGUAGUGAGGGAGAGGGGCGGAGGGAUAGGAAGAUAGGCAAGGAGAAGAAGAGGGGAGGGAAACCAUGCGAACCCAAUCAAUUGCACUUAGAUACAUACAGAGGGAAGUAUUUAUUGAGAUCUUUAGAGAUGGAAUCACAGGAUGAGAGCUAGCAUACAGGAUUGCAUUAAGUCAUCCAUGACACACAGGCAGCCGUUUUCAAAGAGAAGCUUUUACAAUUUCAGCGUUUCUAACAAACAGGACCAGCUUGGACAGAUCGGAAGUGCUGAUCAGACCACUGUAUUUUUCGACAUGUCAAGCAAUACCACAGUUCAGCAAAGUGAGAGAAAAUGGAUGUGAGUACUCAGGACUGGAAAGGAAAAACAGCACAUAACUGUAAUGCUCUGUGUGAUAGCAGACGACAGCAAACUGCCCCAUUGCG